CAUACAUCAACACCUCAAGACAUCUCUUUCAAAAUCAUUUGUCAUUUGAGCUCUGCUGUGUGAUAGAUGCAGGGGCUUUAAUCCAGGAUGAACGAAUGCUACUAUGACAAGCGCAUGGACUUUUUCUACAACAAGACGAAGACAGACACAGCGGAUGAGUGGACAGGGCCCCAGCUCAUUGUUGUUCUGUGCUUUGGGACAUUUUUCUGCCUCUUCAUUUUCAUUUCAAAUUCAUUGGUCAUAGCAGCUGUGGUCAAGAACAAGAGGUUUCAUUUUCCCUUUUACUAUCUUCUGGCCAACUUAGCUGCUGCAGACUUUUUUGCUGGAAUUGCCUAUGUCUUCCUGAUGUUCAACACGGGCCCCGUGUCCAAGACAUUGACGGUUAACCGCUGGUUUUUGCGCCAGGGUCUCCUGGACACCAGCCUGACGGCGUCCCUGGUGAACCUCCUGGUCAUCGCUGUGGAGCGCCACAUGUCCAUCAUGCGGAUGAAGAUCCACAGCAACCUCACCAAGAAGAGAGUCACCUUCCUAAUCAUAUCCAUUUGGGCCAUUGCCAUUUUCAUGGGUGCCGUUCCUACCCUGGGUUGGAACUGCCUCUGUGACAUUACCGUCUGCUCAUCCCUGGCACCCAUUUACAGCAGAAGUUACCUGGUGUUCUGGAGUGUCUUAAACCUGGUCGUGUUCUUCAUUAUGGUGGUGGUUUACAUAAGGAUCUACAUGUACGUGCAGAGGAAAACCAAUGUCUUGUCCUCGCACACAAGUGGCUCCAUCAGCCGGAGGAGAACCCCAGUGAAGCUUAUGAAGACUGUCAUGACUGUCUUAGGUGCCUUUGUUGUCUGCUGGACCCCUGGCCUGGUCGUCUUACUGCUUGAUGGUCUGAACUGUWCUGACUGUGGGAUUCAGAACGUUAAAAGGUGGUUUCUUCUCCUGGCCCUGUUGAACUCUGUCAUGAAUCCAAUAAUUUAUUCUUACAAAGAUGAUGAGAUGUGGGGCACCAUGAAAAGGAUGAUUUGCUGCUCCUCUGAGGAUAGGAGCCAGGAGAGACGCUCAUCUCGGAUCCCCUCAACAGUUCUCUGCAGGAGCACGGACACCUCGGGCCACUACAUUGAAGAUGGCAUUAUCCAAGGGACAAUUUGUGGAAAAGGAGAUCUUGGUGACAAAGGAAACUCCUGAGCUAUGCAAGGGACUGACUUGGCUGGAAAAGGAGAGGGGGAAGGGAGAGGUUUUGUAAGAGAAGAUUGACUGGCAAAGCUAGUAAACAAUAUAUCCACUUUGUUCCAGAGCCGCAACUCCAGUGUUAACAAAAGUUCUUAUAAAUAAUUGCCUGAUGGAAAAACACUUUGUAAUGAAGAAAACUUUCUGUGCUGCCAUCCUUUUUGUCUUUMAAGUACAUGAAAUUGUUUUUUCGUGUGAAUGGAAUAAAUACCUCUCAGAGACUUCUUGUUCGUGGAAACAAAAUGUAAGCAACGUAGUGACACCCUCCUUAAGCUCCUACAGAGAGAAUAAACCUGCCAGACUGUGCAGGUUUGGCAUUGAGUAUUUAUGCUUUGAACAGUUUCUGUCCAUCUUCCUUGAGGAGGAUUGUAGGCUUGGUUGGACAGAAUUGUGACCUGUUYUCUUGGUUUAUGAAGUUCAUGAAAUUGUUCAUACUUACCUCUUCUCUUCCUCGUCCUUAUCUUGUUCUCAAAGUAGGUAGUUUGUUGUUUAUUAARGCUAUGCCAGAAACCUGGCUGUGAUGGGAGACCCAGACCUGGCAKCAGCGUGUGUGAGUCUGUCUGCCCAUGGAUUGCCAGGAUCCCAGAGUACAGAAAGCACAAAAGCCAUAAUUUCUUCCAGAGUGGGGUGAAUGCUGCAGGGAAAUGGUGCACACUCGGCUGCUGUUGUGUAGGCAGGCAUUGAGGGUGGAUUAACAAAAGCAGCGAGGCUGUGUUCAUUAUAUUCAUUUCUUACUUCCCCAGAUAACAUCAAAUGGGUGUGCUCUCUCCUCUUUACCUGCUAUGCCAAUGAGAGAAAUGAGAUCCAAAACUCUGGCUUACAAGGGGACUUUUAAAGGAAGUUUAAAUACCCAUAAUAUACAGGUUCAAUCAAGCUACUUAAAAUAGAAAUUAAUUGACAGGCAAAAAAACCCUGAAACCAGUUUAAACCCCUACAAGACUACAGCAUGCAUUGAUUGUCGGACCUGUCUGGACCACAUUUAACCUCUGAUUUGCAAACAGAUCUUACUGGAGCAGGCACUUGAGGAAGAAGCCAUGAAACAGCGAGCAAUGGAGAGCUUUCAGCAUUGGGACUGAUGAAAUCUAACGCUGGUGCAGCCACAAGCCAAACAGCUGGAGCUCUGACUCAUGGACUCUGCUCUCACAGAGGGUCCAGCAAUACAGAGCUCCAGGGUAAACUUCUUAAAUUCAAACUUUCAAAUUAAAAAUGGGAUUGUAGAUUUCUCACUACUAUAAAAAACCUGGCUCAUGCUCUCUGGUUUCCACAGCAGUGAGCUUCCUGCUGCUGUUUUAACUUCAAGAGGAUUUACCUGUGUUGUCUCCUGGAGAAAGUCUGAUCCCUGGUAUUAAGGCAGAGGUGACCACAACCUGAGAUCACUUUGAAAAGUUUUGGAAGUUUUGACCACUUGGAAUUAUCAGAGAACAGCACCAACAACCAACACCAAGAACAUAUUUCAUGAAGUUGAAAGAUAAAGAUCAGCUGUGGUUUGGACAAAUUCUUCCUUUGCUGCCACUUGCUUGUGGAUAUCUGGAUUGUGUUGGUCAAAGCAGAGUCAGAUCUGGCUCAAAGGCUGAGUGGGGGAUUUGCAGAAUUCACUGGGGRACUUCUCAGCAGCCCUUAGGGUAGCUGACAACACAGCAAGGCUUGUUCAGAGAGCUYUCCCAUAACAUGCAUUAUCCUGUAGGGAUGUGGUCCAGUAUUCAAGGCACAGGCUGGUUUUGAAUAAUGCUGAAAACGUUUACACAUUUGUUGCUAUUAUAGUGCAAUUUUUUUUGUGCAAAUACUACUUCACUGCUUUGGUGUUGUGAAAAGCGUGUAAAGUGGUGCUUUGUAGAGGUGGUGUGGUGGGCUGGGCCUGGCUGGAGAACAGGCACCCACCAAAGCUGCUCUGUCAYUCCUCUCCUCAGCUGGACAGGGGAGAGAAAAUAUGAUAAAAGGUUCAUGGGUCAAGCUAAGGACAGGGAGAGAUUGAUCACCAGUUAAAGACUUGGAGAAAAAUUAAGUUAUUACCGAUCACAUCAGAGUAGGAUAAUGGGAAAUAAACCCRGACCUUAAUACUUUCCUCCCACUCUCUCUUUUUCCUGUGCUUAGCUCUAGUCCUGAUUUUCUCUAUCUCCAUUCCACAGUGGUGCAGGGGGACAGGGAAUGUGGUCAGUCCAUCAGUUGUUGCCAUUCCUUCCUCCUAUGGUGAGGUUUCCUCACACUCUUCCCCUGCUCUGUCUUGGGGUCCCUUCCACAGAUGACARUUCUCAAACUUCUCCAACAGCCUGGGUCCCCCAUGGAGUCACAAGCCCUGCCAGCAAACCUGCUCCAGCAUGGGCUUUCCACAYUGUCACAGCCUCCUUUGGGCAUUCCCCUGCUCCAGCAUGGGAUCCUCCACAGGCUGCAGGGGAACAUCAGCUCUGGCACCUGGAGCACCUCCUGCCCACCUUGGUAUUGGCAAAGUUGUUUCUCUCACACAUUCUCACUCCUCUUUUCAACUGCAGUUUCACAGGUUUUUUUUCCGUCCGUCUUAAACACGCAGAGCCACCGCCACCGUUGCUGAUGGACUCAGGUUUGGACAGGGGUGGGUCUGCCUUGGAGCCAGCUGGCAUUGGCUCUGUCAGACACAGGGAAGCUUCUUGUGUGUUCUCACAAACCCAGCCCAAGGGGUAUUGCAAAGGCACAGCGUGCAGCACCCCUGUSCUACAGCUACUGCAGUGCAUAGUUUGUCUGAACCAGGCUGAAGCUCUGUAUACAAAGCUAAUAGAAAAUAAAAUGCUACU